UAAUUGCGUCCACAAAAGAUGGACAAUUUUGUAAAGACUCUCAUCGAAGAGGUCAAGUCACAGGGCGUCUUCGAUGAGUUUCGAUUCAAUUGCUGUUUGGCGGAUGUCGACACAAAGCCAGCAUAUCAAAAUGUACGCAAUCGCGUUGAGACGGCUGUCAAUGAUUUUCUGGCCAAACAACAUUGGACACCAGACACCAAUAAGGUGCAGUUGCGCGAGCGACUACGCAAACAUUUGCUUGACUCUGAUGUGCUGGACAAGGGUGUUGACCACAUUGUCGACCAGGUGGUCAAUCCGAAGGUGGCCACCAUAUUUGAGCCAAAGAUUGAGAGCAUUGCAUACAAGUAUUUGGGUAUAACACCGCCACCGCCUCCAACAAAUCCGCCACCUCGUCCACCGUUGUUGCCAGCACCUCCCCUGCCCCCCUACUCUGGCCACCCGCUGAGCCACAUGAAUGGCGGCAAUCUGCUCAAGGUGGAGACCACUGCCAGCCUACUGCCUACUGACCUGGAGCAGAUCAGUCCAGAUUCUGAUCGUGACACGGUCAAGUCGGAUUUGAAAGAUGACAGCAAGGACGAUGAUCUACCGCCUGGUGUAGAUGUGGAUGACAUGCUCGAUGAUGAUGAUGAUGCAGCCUCCCCACCAUUUGAGCCUAUUGCCAGCUUUAAAGAAGACACCAACAACGCGUCGUUGAACACAUCAGAUUCCCUCAGGGAUAUCAAGGAGCUGGCUAAUGAUUCGCGAGACGCUGGCGCCUCGCAGGCCUCACAGCUUUCACAGGUGUCCAGCGACAGUCGCUUGACCAUCGCCUCAAUGGAUGCACCCCAGCCAACGUCCGCCAAUAAUAGCGUGGAACUCACUUCCAACAUGGCCGCCAACAUAUCAGAAGAGGCGCAAAUGCCCAAGUUCAGUGAGAACUCCAGCGACGGCAACGACGACAUCAGCGGACGCCAGCUGCAUUUUGACAUCAAACAGGAUGCCAUCACAUUCGAGGGCACUGAGCGAAAGAGCUCCUUGUCGGAAAACACGAACGGUGGCACGCAUACCCUUUCUAUUGAGGAUGCCAUCAUGUGUGAGGUGACGGCCAAUUUAAAUAACGAUAACCACAUUUCUUCAGAGAGAGAUGAGUCCAAACCAAAGCAACUUUCAGAGGCCAAUUGCGAGCGAUCAUCAGAUAGUUAUUUUGCGUCGUUUGCGGAUUCAGCGCCUGGCUCACAAAAUCACAAAGAUUGCUUAGCUGCCAUUGAGCCUCCACUCCCACAGGAGCCUCCACCAGAAUUGCCCAACGCAGACAAAGCAGAGAAGCAGCAGGUGUCAGUUGAAGACGCAGCAGCCGCAACGUUGCCCAUUGCAUCAGAUGAGCUUAAGGAUGAUGGAGUUAUUAAAACUGCGGACUUGACAACAUCGCCAGCCUCCGCUUCGUCCUCCUCGCAAACACACAAGAAGAGCUCCCAUUCACACUCCAAAGACAAGGAUAAGCGUCAUCACUCGCAUACGCGAUCGGAUGAUAAACAGCGGCGAAAGUCGCGGGAACGCGAUCGUGAACGCGACAAAUCGCACAGCAAGACUUCAUCCAGCUCGAAACACUCCAGUCACAACUCAUCGCACUCAUCCAGUUCAAAGCAUAGAACAAGUAGCAGCUCGAGAAAUGAGAAGAGCUCCAACACUUCGACUGCGUCGAGUCGCAGCACUCAUGAGUCAUCCACCUCCUCGAAACGUUCCUCGUCGCGUCACGAAUCAUCGUCGCUCAAGAAACACAAGUCCAGCUCGUCGUCGUCACGCUCGGAUCGCGAUAGGGAACGCAGCCGGGAUAGCAGAGAGAGUCAUGGGCACAGUAAUAGUCAUCACAGUCGUAGUCACAACGGCAGCGGCAGCUCAUCCUCCGCCUCGAAGAGAAGUGAUCGUGAUCGGGAACGUGAUCGUAACAAGUCCAGUUCCAAUUCAACAUCCAAUCCAGCGUCGACUUCCAUAACUGCAAUCACGCAGGACGAUCAUUAUGAGGAGAAGGCAAAGCUACUCAAGCGACAUAGCAACGAUUCCAAUGAUGAGGGUAAGCCACCCGAUUCCUCCAACAAACCGCCAACAGAAACGACAGAUGCGCCAAGCAAAGAGAGCAAAGAGAGAGAGACAGUUGCAGUAAAUGGCAAGGAGCCGGAAAGCAAUGGCACCCAUGACAAUCACAAUCAGAGUAGCAAUCAGACAACUGCUGAGCUGAUGGCCGCCAGCAGUGUGAUCAUUGUUAGCGAUAUACUCCAGGAAUCGAGUGUCAGCUUUGUUGAGAUCAACAGCGCAGGAGCAUCACUGAAAACGACAACCGAAGUGAAGAUCACAACAACAGUGGUGGAAACAGAGUUAAAGCCCGAGGAGCAAACCAUUGAAAUUACACAAACGGAGUCGACAUCCAAAUCUCCAGCUCAAGUUGACGAACCGGAGACCAUAACAGCUUCAGAGCCACCUGCUGCUCAGCCUGAGAUCACGAAUGAACUAAAUGAUACUAUGGUGGAUCCUGUGGAAGAUCCUAUCGAGGAGCCUGUUGUGGAGGAAGUUGAGAAGACAGAUGAGUGUGAGAAGACAACAGACGAGAUCGAGGUGGUAAGGGAUCAGCCUGAAGUGGCAGACAGUGCCAGGGAUUCGCCAAUAGAGCCCGACAAAACUGUAGACAGCGAAGAGCCACUAAUCCCUGCUGACACCGCUAAAUCAGAAAUUGACCAGGAAUCAUCGGAGAGUUUGGCCGAAACUGAAAUUGGCGAAACAUUUACCCACUUCGAGGACGAUGCGGAGCAGUUUAGGGCGCGUCUGCAGCUGAUUGAGCAACACAUCAAGGAUCGUCGUCAGCUGCUCGAUGUGUUCAUCGAGUGCGAGGAGACGAGCUGCCCGCGACGCAGCACAUUCAAGCGUCGCCUGAGCAGCGAAGCAUCCACGUCGAAGCACCACAGCAGCUCCAGCGCCGGCAGCAGCAGCAGCUGUGCCGGCAGUCCUGCGAAACGAACACGUCGCACUGAUGCUGUCAAGACGUCGCCAACGCCCUCCGAGAUCAGCGUCAAUUCCAAAGAGAACGAAGAGCUGGAGAAGCAUGAAAAAGACGUUCUGACCACGAGGCGUCUUGCCCAGAAGCUCUGCCAGCAGCAACGCUACUCCAACGAUGAUCUCUAUAAGCCCCGUCCACUUUUGUCGCAGCGAUCGCGUCGUCGCGGCCUGGAUUCAAUCCUCUAGCUCGCCGCACUCGCCUCACACAUGUAUAAUAAAUCAAAUAUUGCGAUUUUUUUAAAACACUGCACACAAGACUUUCUAGUAAACAACCGAAAUUGGUCUGUCUUUAGAAAUCAUUUAAUUUAAAAUAUAGUUUAUUUUUGUUAAUUUAACCCAGCCAGAUAUUAAAUAAGAAUAAUUUUGAAUCUGUGGCAUGCUAUAAAUGUAAUAAAUGUACACAAAAAAAAAAAAGAAACAGCAUUUGUUGUUGCAUUUGACAUAAAACAAGUGUUCUUUUCUCCGUUUAAUGCGUUUUGGGUUUCCAUUGUUGUUCUUUUGUUUGCUUGAAUUGUUUAACAAUUAAGUGUUAAAUUUAGGGCUACAGUUUACAGUUUACAAAUAGCAAGUGCAAUAUUUAUAUAUGCAUAUACUGUAUAAUUUUGAUAUAUACAUAGUUGUAUAUAUGUAAAAAUAAAAAUUAAAAUAACAAACAAUAAACAUAAUAAUCAUAUGUGUUGUGUAUAACCCGAGGCUCAGGAGCUGGAGCUGAAGCCGGAGGAUCGGCUUGCCUGCUCUGGCAUUUGAUUGUGUCGUGAUGUUCUUUUCUUUUUGCUUCGGUAUAGCCUAAAAACUUUGGUACUUAAGGGUGUAUAGAUCAAUAACAGAUUGUAGCAUGUGUCUGAUUAACUGGUACAUGGACAAAAUAUAUAUAAAAAUAAACUUUAACAAUUAAGGAUCACAAUCAAGUGCCGAGCCAGCGGGUGGAGAACGCAUAGGGAAAAGUCCUGAGCGAGGGGGGGCAAAGGUUGGAUUGCCUCAUACAAUAUGGUACAAUAUAAUAAGCAGUUUACACUUUAUCGUUUAUCGAAACUAAUUGAAAUUUUUAACAGCUUAAAUUGUGUUGCUUUUUUUGUUUUUCGUUUUUUUUUUUUUAAUUGUAAUUUGAUUACAAAUCAAUUUUGUAUCUUGCAAAACAUUUUAUUUGUUUGUUGGUUUUUUUUUUUGUUGUUGUUUGCUUUGCGCUUUUGCUUUGUUUUGAUUUACUUUAACAACAUAAACAUAAAUAUAUAUUCAUAUGUGUAGAUAAACUUUUAAAUUUGUUUAAAAAAAAAAAGAAUCAUCUCAGUAAUACAUAAUUUAAGGUAAUAGUAUUUUACAAGUAGGUUCUCUAAUUUUUCUCAAUUAACAUAGAUACAAUAUUAUUACCAGUAUUUUUAACAAGAAUUUUUUCGCAGAUGACUGUAGAAAGUGUCUGUGUGUAUAUAA